AUGGAAGCAGCAGCAAGCAUAGUUUUAUCCCCUGCUUUGCAAGUGAUCUUUGACAGAUUGGCAUCCCCAGCCCUAGAAAAGCUUGCUGAUAUCUGCGGUGUCGAGGACAACUUCCACAGCCUACGAAAUGCCUUGAUGAGGACUCAAGCUAUUCUUCAAGAAGCAGAGGAGCAACAAAUAACCAACAAAUAUGUGAGGCUUUGGUUGUCAAACCUCAAGAAUGCUGCUUCUGAUGCCGAGGACCUUCUGGACUUUUUUAUCCCUAGCAAAAGCGACAUCCACUUCCCAUGGGGUCUGAGUGCGGGGUCUGAAAAAAUUAAAAAGGCACUCCACAGAUUAGAAAAGACGAUAAAGGAGGGACUCUCGGCAUUUAAAUUUAGCGAGCCAAAGAUAUAUGGAGAUCAACGACCUGGCAUGAGGGAGUCUGUCUCUUGCGUCGACUACUCAAAGAUAUAUGGAAGAGAUGAUGAGAAAGAGCAGUUAGUCAAACUGUUGCUAUCUUCUGAAACAUCCCAGGAUGGAUACGCAACUUGUAUUCCAAUAACUGGUAUUGGAGGAAUUGGCAAGACCACUCUUGCUCAAUUGGCAUAUCACGAUGAGAGGGUCUCCCAACACUUCGACUCUAGAAUGUGGAUAUUUGUUUCUGAGGAUUUCAAUGUCAAGAAGAUUAUGAAGGCAAUCAUUGAGCGUGCAACAGAGGAUGAAUGCAAGUCGUCGGAGAUUGAACUUCUUCAGUCUCGGAUUUCGAAAUUGCUGCAGAAGAAAAGAUAUCUGAUCGUGUUGGAUGAUGUUUGGACGGAAGACCAGGAUGAUUGGGACAAACUAAGACCUUUGUUUACAGCGGGUCUUAAUGGAUGCAAAAUAAUCGUCACUACCUGCAGUCAAAAAAUUCCAUUAUCGAUAAACUUCCCACAUUCACCACAGUUUGUUUUGAACG